ACAAUUCACUCUCCGACUUGAACUUGAGAUUAGAGUUUGGCACUGUAACAUUAUCAUCUCAUAUACGAGUCGGUUAUUCUAUACUGCUCGCUCUCUAUCUAUCUUUGAAAUCUACUCUUCUUGUCUGAGUAUUGACUAGUCGACGAUGUCGACGACAGAUCAGGCGGCCAAGAGAGCCGAUAUAUUGGACCGCAUACGACUUCAACGACAGCAGGGAAAAAUCCUUGGGUCUCCAUUAACCUCUUUGUCGUCGUCGUCGUCUUACCCGGCUCCGCCGGCGCAGUCGCGGGAUGCCACAAUUUCUUCACGCUAUUUUCCGCAGACUCCCGGCUCUCCAAACGACACAGUACUGGUUCCUAGCUCAAGCCCUUUAAACUCCCCAGUAAAUCGCAACCCCAAUCAACCCUAUACUCAACCUCGCUGGCCUGACGUGGCAUUUCGCAAUGGGGCAGCUCUCGCUGGAUCAUGGAACUUGUCGCAACUAGCGCCUAGUUAUGACCCAUUGAGCGUAUCUAGUGGGUUCACGUCCCAAAAUAACUUCCAGAGAGGUUCCAACGUACGGCCGUUCAGCCCAGGAGAAAGCGAAAGUGGCCUACCUAGAAAACGCCCAAACCUCAGCGAUGCUCCGUCCAAUCUGGCCAUCGCGCGAUCACCAGACUCACCAGGCAUCCAACGUCCGGGUCAGAGGCGUCGUACGCUACUCGAUGCAGGCUCUACAUCUUCCGAAGAAUCCACGCCCGAAUCUUCGUCUCGAACACGUCUUGUUCGAGGUCGCCCCGCUGAUUCCGCGGAACCUCCGCUUUCCAGCCCUCCUGCCGAUAUCUUCUUAGAUCCGAAGUUCGUACGAUUCAAUAUGACCAUGCCUGGCGUACCGUCUCACCGAGUGAGGGCGGCAUGGCUGCAUGCAAAACAAGACGUUCGCUUGGCUACACAGCUAGCUUCCGAUGAUUCAUGGGUCCCGAAACCUUCUACACCUCUACAAUCUUCUCCGUCUCAUUCUUUGAAAGCAUCAACUGGGAUCCACGGUAAAGUCGAUGGCCUCGAAGAAGCUCAUAAGGCAAAGCUGGCAGCCAUGAAAGAAAAGUCGAAAAAAUCUUCGAUCUACGCCAACCGGCCUAAUGCGUCCAAGGUAGCGCCUCCUGCAACCCCUUCGGUCAAAAAUCCUCCCAUUGACCUGAUUGCCGAAUCUCCUGCCAUGUCGCAGCCUGUUCGUCGGAAGCGCAACAAGAACAUGAUAGUUGAUUCCGAUUCGGACGUGGAAAUGGAUGACAGCGAGGAAGAGCGGUCGCAUAAACGCAGUAGGCAGGAGUCUCACCAUGAGCUUCGGGUAUUAACUUUUUUCAACACCCAAGGCGCAGAAGCUCUUCAGGAAUUAACUGGUUGUACUCAAGUACAGGCACAAGCUAUCAUUGAUCUUCGGGAGUUCGAGUCAGUCGACGAUCUAAAUACAAAAUUGGGGCAGGGCAAGAAAAAAGCUGGCCCUGCUGGGCUGAGCCCUCGUUUGAUAGACGAGGCCGUUGAAAUAUUCAAGGGAUACACUGCCGUCGAUGAAAUCCUCGAGGGCUGUGAAGAGAUCGGUGCAAAGUUGCAAUCCUCUAUCGCAACCUGGACAACUAUUCCGUUCAAAGGCAAAGGAAAACAAGUUGACACGCUACCGGAAUCGGUCGAAGACGGCGCCCUCAAUCUACGUACAAUGCCCUCGUUCAAAGAACACAGACCUAAAGGAUAUAUCUCCGAGCAGCCUGCAUCUCUAUCAGACAGCGUGAAGCUGAAGGACUAUCAGCUUCUGGGUUUGAAUUGGCUUCAUCUUCUCUAUCGAAGUAAUUUUAGUUGCAUCCUCGCUGAUGAGAUGGGACUUGGCAAAACUGUGCAAGUUAUCAGCUUCUUGGCACUGCUCCGGGAAAGAGGGAAUAAGGGACCCCAUCUCAUUGUCGUGCCAUCAUCCACACUGGAAAAUUGGUGUAGGGAGUUUGCCAGGUUUGCAAGCUCCGUCUCGGUCCAAGUAUAUUACGGGGGAAAGAAUGAACGAGUGGAACUACGUCAGACCCUUCUAGACACCAGGAGGUCAAUGACAGGGAGCGAGGAUGACGGCUGGGACGUUCUCAUCACAACGUACAACCUGGCUCAGGGAGAUAGCGAUCGAAAAUUCUUCCGGCGCAUUGAAUGGGAUUGCUGUGUAUUCGAUGAAGGACAUGUGCUCAAAAAUUUCCAAUCCCAACGCUAUUCGUCUCUGCUUCGGGUCCAGUCUCGAUGGCGCCUUCUACUCACCGGAACUCCUCUACAAAACAACCUUCAAGAGCUUGUGUCUUUAAUGAACUUCAUCUUGCCGAAUCAAUUUGGAGACGCACUGGAUGAUCUUCGACAAAUAUUCAAGGUUAAAGGUGACUCUAAAGCUAGUCUCCUCGCCCGAGAACGCGUGUCUAGAGCAAAGAAAAUGAUGACACCGUUUGUUCUCCGUCGACGCAAAGACCAGGUCCUCCAAGAUCUGCCAAAGAAAACGGAACGAAUCGAAUGGUGCGAAAUCACGCCGCUACAAAAAUCUAUCUACCAUGACACUUUGCAACGCUCUCGGAAAACGGUCCUCGAAUCCGAAACUCCUGUCGAUUCGGCGACGACUUCGGAUACAAAUGGGCGAGGCAAGGCGCCGAAGAAGACUCGUCCUCCCGCCAAGGCCAAGGAGAAACAGUAUCUCGAGAACAGUGCCAAUGUUCUGAUGGACCUACGGAAAGCGGCCCUUCAUCCCAUGCUCUUCAGGUCUCGCUUUACCGACGAUAUCCUGAGCUCUAUUACAAAGCAGCUUCUCAAGGAACCUGACUUCAAGAAACGCGGUGCAUUAUUCGAUAUUGUCAAGGAAGACAUGAGUGUUAUGACAGAUGCCGAGCUGCAGCACUUUUGUGGCUUGUACAAGUCCACUCGUAAAUUUGGACAACCAUCAGAUUGUUUCCUGGACUCGGGCAAAAUUCAGAUGCUUUUGAGCCUUUUAGCGGAAUACCAAAAGGAGGCUCGAAAAAUUCUAAUCUUCUCCCAAUUCACUCAAGUUCUUGAUAUUCUCGAAGUCAUACUGAAGGAGAGAGAUAUUCGAUACCUUGUUCUCACAGGUUCGACGCCUGUCGACGUCCGCCAGUCCCUGGUAGACGAAUUCACUGAAGAUGAAUCUAUUUCAAUCUUUUUACUAUCUACCAAAGCCGGCGGAAUGGGAAUCAACCUCACUGCCGCCUCAGUCGUGAUCAUGUUUGACCAAGAUUUUAAUCCACAUAAUGAUCGUCAAGCUCAAGAUCGUGCUUACCGAAUAGGUCAAAAGCGGGACGUUGAAGUUGUCAAGUUGAUCUCGCGAGGAACCAUUGAAGAAGAUAUGCUGAAACUCAGCGAGAUGAAGUUGGCUUUGGACGAGGCUGUUGCCGGAGACGAUGAGAAAGGGGAAAGCGCGCCAGAGCAAGAGAUGAAGGCUUCUCUCAUGAGCACGUUAAGGAGACAGUUCGAAAAACAGGAAGUUUCCGCUGUUGAGCCUUAGAGCACCAUUCACUUGCAUAGAUGAAACUAUCCUUGUACAUU